CUGCCUCGCAUCCGGUGAGGGUUGACGUAAGGAGUUCUCGCUACCAAGCCUUCCUCUUUUACUGUGGCAGCGAGCGAGAGGCACCAUGAAGGCGUCUGGCACUCUGAAGGAAUACAAGGUUAUCGGGCGCCUGCUGCCCUCAGCCAAGAACCCCACGCCUCCCCUCUAUCGGAUGCGGAUCUUCGCACCAAACCAUGUCGUCGCCAAGUCCCGUUUCUGGUACUUCGUCUCCCAGCUGAGGAAGAUGAAGAAGGCCUCUGGCGAGGUUGUCUACUGUGGGCUGGUUUACGAUAAGUCGCCUCUGAAGGUGAAGAACUUUGGUAUCUGGCUGCGUUACGACUCUCGAAGUGGCACCCACAACAUGUACAGAGAGUACAGGGACAUGACCACUUCUCUGGCUGUAACUCAGUGCUAUCGUGACAUGGGGGCUCGCCAUCGUGCUCGCGCUCAUGCCAUCCAGAUCAUGAAGGUGGAGGAAAUUCCUGCCAGCAAGUGUCGCAGACCUGCCAUCAAGCAGUUCCAUGACUCCAAGAUCAAGUUCCCUCUGCCACACAGAGUACUGCGCCUCCAGCACAAGCCACGUUUUACUACGAAGAGACCAAACACCUUCUUCUAAAUGAAACGCUCAACUUUUGGAUAUGUGCUUUAAUAAACAAGUUACAUUUGG